GAUUUUGAAAUUCGGAUCAAUUUACUGUGGAAAAGAUCGAUCAAUUUAUCGACAUUGCCAGAGAGAAAGAGAGACAGAGAGAGAAUCAGAUGAGAUGGAGGAGAGUAAGUUGAAGGCGGAGGAGUUGCCCCAGGAUCAAGGGAAAGGCUGCGAAGUCAUCGAUCUGGUAUCUCCAUGUUCCCAGCCGGAGAGCCCAGGGAGUCCUCUGACCCCCAUAUUUUGCGUCAAGAAGAAGGAGAAUGUGAGAGAGAUUGAAGAUAGAGAAGACUGUUUCAUCCUCGAUUUCGACCCCUUCAAUGACUCGCCGGACGGAAUCUUUCGGCUCUCACCGUCUAAGGUUCAUAACACCGGCGAUGCGCCUGACCUCACCGUCAUCGCCGAAAGAGGCAAGGUGGCUUGUAGAGACUAUCCACAUUCAAGGCACCUCUGCUUGAAGAACCCGUUUGAUAAAACGCCUCAUGAAAGCUACUGCCAACUGUGCUACUGUUUUGUGUGUGAUGCGGCGGCUCCUUGCAAAGAUUGGACCGUUUCAGGCCACUGCAAUGCCAUUGACAACGAAAAAUGGAAGUCACUGAGGAGAUUAAUGAGAAACUUACGCAUAAAAUGAGAGCCGAACCAAUCCAGCUGUACAAGCCAUUCGUCUUCCCGAUCAUUGUCAUGUCUUUUGCCCAAGUUUUGUCAAUGAUUUAAUCUGACCAGUAAGUCUAAAUUAUUAAAUUUGUAGGGCAUUUAACUCUUGAGUGUUCAUGUGCUGGCUGGAGUUGAAACUACCGGUAGUUUGGUUGGGAUGCAGUUAAUUUUGGGUGGGCAAUUGAAAUUAACGAAUUAUUUGAGCCAUGGGAUGGAUGGUCUGUAAGUUUUUUGGGUGCAGAGGCUAUAAUAAUACGAUCAAAUCAAAUCAUGUUAAAAUUUUGCCUAAUUUGAGACUAAGAUUCUGUUCAUUAGUACUGUAAUUUAAGAUUAAGUUUUGUUUGUUACUAUUAUUAUUGUUUUAUAAAGUUGGAUUAUGAAUGGCAUUUAUUAUUUGUUUGAGUUAAAGUAAAUAUGGGAAUUAUGGUUCUCCAUUAGAGAUGAGUAUGGUGUUUAAAAUUUAUACUUCAUUGGACUACUAG